CACACACACACACACACACACACACACACACACACUGAGCACAGGACUUUGGCUUCCUCCUCUCUGCAGAAAACUUCCAGUCUCUCCACCAAACAGCAUAAACACACCUCCAACAUGUCCCUCCUCACACACCUGUUGGCGUGUUUGUUCGGCAUGGGUUCCUGGGUCUCCAUCAACGGCCUGUGGGUGGAGCUGCCCCUGAUCGUCCCCCAUAUCCCGGAGGGUUGGUACCUGCCCUCGUACCUCUCCAUCCUCAUCCAGAUGGCCAACAUUGGGCCUCUCUUCGUCACCCUGAUGCACCGCUUCCGGCCCGGCGCCCUGAACGAAGCAGCCGUCAUAUAUUUGAUCAUCGGCGUGGGCACCGUGGCGACCUUCCUGAUGGGCUUCUUCUGGAAGGAGACUGUCAUGGUGGCGGGGGUUCCUCGCAGUGUAGCCCUCCUGGUCUUGACGUUCUUCCUCGCAACUGUUGACUGCACUUCCUCCGUCACCUUCCUGCCCUUCAUGAUGCGCCUCAAGACUCAAUACCUGACCACGUACUACAUCGGGGAGGGGGUGAGCGGCCUGCUGCCUGCUCUGGUGGCACUGAUCCAGGGGGUUGGAGUGGUCCACUGCAUAAACAGCACUCAGUCUCUGAACCACACGCUGAACUCUUCCUCCACCAUUGACCUUCGUGCAGAGUACCAGCCAGCUAACUUCUCUGCGGAGGUGUUUUUCUUCUUCCUCAGUGCCAUGAUGCUCGUGUGCCUGGUGGCGUUCCUGCUGCUAAACUACCACCCAUCUGUGGCCAGGGAGCAACCCGACAGUCGAUUCAACAACAGGGGGAAGGAGAAAUCUCAGAGGAACAGGAAGUGGGCGGAGGAGAAGCCCAUGAUGGACUCAUUCAGACCUGCAAACACCAAGUGCAGAAGCGGCUUCGGGACAGGGUCUUACAGCUGGGCGCAGGUGGUUUAUAUCUUUGGGAUCCUGGCCUGGGUCAACGCCCUAACCAACGUGGUGCUCCCCUCGGUGCAAUCCUACUCAUGUCUGCCAUACGGGAACAACGCCUACCAUCUCUCAGCCACUAUGGCUGCUGUGGCAAACCCUCUUGCCUGCUUCAUCGCCAUGUUCUUCCCUAUAAGAUCCCUAUUUUUAAUGGGAGUUCUCACAGUGACCGGAAGUGGAGUUGGAGCUUACAUAAUGGCCAUGGCGGUGCUGAGCCCAUGCCCACUGCUGGUUAACAUAACGUCAGGAGGUGUCAUUAUUGUGUUGGCCUGGAUCCUGUUUGUCCUCACUCUGUCCUAUGUGAAGGUGAUCAUCGGUGUGAUCCUGCGCGACGAGGGCCACAGCGCCCUGGUGUGGUGUGGGGCUGUAGUGCAGCUGGGCUCUCUGCUGGGGGCUGUCACCAUGAUUCCAGUGGUCAACGUGUACUACUUCUUUUCAUCAGGGGACCCAUGCAACACAAAAUGUCCCUAAGUGAAGACGUCAUGAGAAGAGAGUGCAGGCGGAUUCAGUAAAGAAACAUCCUUCCAAGAUACUCAAUGGAGGCAAUCUUUGAAUGUUUUUCUUUCUUUUUAUUAACAUGAUUUACUUACUUUGAAACAUCUGAAUUUCCCAUUUAAGUACAGUGGCCGACAAAGCAAGCAUAAAUAAGUUAUAUGCCUUACAUAUUUUACCGUAGACAAGAGAAGUUUGCAGAUGUAAUGAAGACACUCAAAAACUCUUUUCAACUUAGUGUAUACAAAGUAUACAAAUGUAGUAAUAUUAAUAUCUGUUAGAAUGUAUCUGUUUCGAUAAUAAAAAGGCUGUAUUGAAAUAAAUGAUCAUUUUCAAGCAUG